UCUUGGAGUGCAUUGAGUCAACAAUUGGUAUCAGAGCAAGGGCUCCAAUUUGAAGGUUUAACUACCUAGGAGUUGAUCGGGGAUGGCUCAAUUUCUAUCUUCUCAACCACUUGAAGGUUUGUCUACCACUAGACCUCCUUUCUUUGAUGGGACUAACUAUAAUUAUUGGAAGAAUAGGAUGAAGGUCUUCAUGCUUGCAAAUGUGCCCACGGCAUGGAUUGUUACUAUAAAAGGUCCAUAUGUACCUAUGAAAGUUGUUGGAGAAAGAGAGGUGCCAAAGGAAGAAGUUGAAUGCAAUGAUGAAGACUUGGGGAAGAUCAUGAUCAACAACAAAGCAAUCAACAUGCUUCAAUGUGCUCUCAAUCCAAUGGAAUUCCAUAGAGUAUCCGGAUGUGAUACGGCCAAGGAGAUGUGGGACAUGCUAGAAGUCACUCAUGAAGGAACAAGCCAAGCUCUUGGUAAAGUCUAUCCUCCUCAAGAAGUGGUGAGAAAGGUUCUUAGAAGCUUGCCUAAGAGUUGGGAAGCUAAGAAGACAGCAAUUGAAGAAUCUAAGGAUCUCAACACUCUCAAGCUUGAAGAUCUCAUUGGUAAAUUGAUGACAUAUGAGAUAGAAGUGCAAGGUGAUGGUGGAGUUGAAAUAGUUGAGAAGAAGAAGAAGGAUGUUGCGUUCAAGGCUGGCAACCAAAAGGAAAAGAGUGAAGAUGAUGCUAGUGAUGGUGAAAACAUCUCCACCUUGAUCUCUAGAGAAGUGAGGAGAUUCAUGAAGAAGAACAUCAAGAGCAAGCUUACAAAAAGAGAUGAAGGAGAGUCUACCAAAAGGAGUGUGAAAUGCUAUGAGUGCAAUAAGAUGGGGCACUAUAGAAAUGAAUGUCCCAAUUUGAAGAAAGGCAAGAAGAGCAUGAAGAAGAGAGCUUUUGCUGCCACUUGGAGUGAUGAUGAGACUAGCUCAACGGAAAGUGAAAGUUCCUUGGAGAAAGGUGUUGCAAAUCUUUGCUUCAUGGCUCAAGGGGACAGCUACAAUGAUGAGGAGGUAAACUCUAACUUCUCUAGUUCAAUUAAUGAAAGUUCAUUUGAGUAUUCUUAUGAUGAUUUAUGCAAAAUUCUUGAUUGCUCUAUGAAUGACAUUAAGAAACUAGGAAAUGACAAUAUUGCUCUUACUAAAACCAUUUCAUUGCUUAGGAAUGAGAUUGAAUCUCUCUCAAAACAAAAUGAGGUUUUAGUUAAACAGAAUGCCUCUUUAAAUGGUGAGAUUGCUUCUUUAAAGAAUGAGGAGUCUAAUAAUGCUUUGAAAAAGGAAAAUGAGGAUUUAAAGAAAGGAAAUGAAGAUUUAAAGAAGGAAAAUGAGGUUUUAAAGAGAAAAGCUUGUGAUCUUGAGAAUGUGAUUUCUAAAUUUACUUUGAGUAAAGAAAAAUUUGAUUCUAUUUUAAAAUCUCAAAGAAAUGUUUAUGAUAAAGGGGGCAUUGGAUUUGAUUAUUCUAAAAAGCAAAAGACUUUUAAGACUACUUUUGUAAGAGCAAGUCAAUCCUAUCAUCCUAAUGUUACUUGCUAUUGUUGUGGUGCAAAUGGACACUUUGCCUAUGCUCCAGGACUAGACCCGGCUCUCCUGCAGUUUAUGACUUUUGGUAUUGAUUGUCUAUGAUUUUGAUGAUUAUAUGCUCUUAUUGAGGGGGAGUUUAUUGGUUGAUGAUUGUAUUCAUGACUUUGGUUGUCUAUGGUGCUAUAUUGAUGAUGAUUGAUGAUUAUAUUCAUUACAUAUUCUUGAUGCUUUAAAGGUUAAUAGCAUGAAUUAAGGGGGAGCAUUUUGUGCUUAAAUUACUUUUCUUAAUGGUUAUCAUGCUUAAAUGCUUUAAAGAUUGAUGUGCAUGAAUUAAAGGGGAGUUUGUUGA